CUGACCUGGAAGCGUUCCGGCGACCUGGCGGCGGCGGGGGCUGCGCGUUGGUGAGUGGAGGCGCCGGCCGGCGGGCGCCAUGGUCUUCCUGACUGUGCCUCUCUGGCUGCGGAGCCGCGUCACCGACCGCUACUGGCGGGUCCAGGAGGUGCUGAAGCACGCGCGGCACUUCCGGGGAAGGAAGAAUCGGUGCUACCGGCUGGCCGUCAGGGCUGUGACGAGAGCGUUCGUGAAGUGCACGCGGGCCCGCAGGCUGAAGAAGAGGAGUCUGCGGACGCUCUGGAUUAAUCGAAUUACAGCUGCCUCCCAGGAACACGGCCUGAAGUACCCAGCGUUUAUCGUCAAUUUGAUUAAGUGCCAGGUGGAGCUCAACAGGAAGGUACUUGCAGAUCUAGCCAUCUAUGAACCAAAGACUUUUAAAUCUCUGGCUGCUUUAGCCAAAAGGAGGCGAGAAGAAGGAUUUGCUGCAGCCUUGGGGGACGGGAAGGAGCCUGACGGCAUUUUUUCCAGGGUGGUCCAGCACCGCUGACGGGGAGGCUGACAUCGACUGCCCUCUGCAGCGGAGCGUCUUGGGAAAAGGCUUCCCCUGUGAUGAUUGUACUGCCGUUUGUAAGUUUGACUUGCCUUUGUGUUAAAUUUAUAUUUCAGUAACAGGCCUGAGUGGUGCCGGUUCAGAACUGUCUCGUGUGCAUUGUACAAGUAAAGGUUAUGUGGGGUUCA